CAUAGCAUUUGAUAUACUUUUGGCACAUUGCCAUUGCCAAAUGACAUACGUUUUAAACUAUUACAAGAAUAAAAUCAAUACUUCCAAGCAGCUGUUGAACAGACUGACAAAUCAAGAACCAGGUCAGCUCAUGAAUAACAGGUAGGCCUAGGUAUGUUGUUGUUGUGAGGUGUUCCAAGGGUAGUCAUCCUGUGCUAUCUAUUCUGUGAGCAUGACGGUAGGCUGAGAUCCAUUGUCUUAUAGUUGGUAGGCCUAUGUCAAAUAGGCCGGCCUAUUCAUACUUCCUUGUUGACAACGAGACAUCCAGGCGAUAGGAAAAUCAAUUAUUUUAAACAAGAUUCGAUGUACGAAAAGCUUGAAAGUAUAUGGAAGGUAGAUUAUUGGACUAUCCAUGAAUGUAGACCGACAUACCUACAUUCAUAUUCCAUGGGCAGUUACAGACAUACAGGAGGACUUUGUGUUUUCAUGCAUUGGAUAUGCAACCAGUAAGGACUUCCCUCAGAAUCCGAAUGAAGAAAAUGAAGAUAAACGCAUACUGCCCAUUCUUAGGGCUUGGAGCUAUCAUGCUAAUUGCUUCACUGACAGUUGUGAAAGGAGAAGUUCAUGAAAAGACCGUAUGUACCAACACCUACAUGAGCAUUGACUGUGGUGACCUGCGAAUACAUAUUCUUGAUGCCGUCUCCGGUAAAUCACGUCAGCGCAGUCCACCCUGCCACAUGACCCCCGGGGACGAAACAUUCAACAAUUCAUUUGCUGUGUCACAUCUAUGGAAGCAGUGUAAUAUGAGACCAAACUGCCAUGUCUUUCUUAAUGACGGUCACUACUACACCUAUGUUUUCAUCAAGUAUCAGUGCAUUAAAGAAAUUCCUGCUUUUGACAUAUGCAGCAGUUUGACGAGUUCACCACUGAUAAAGGGACACCUAUUUAGUCCCGGGUAUCCUCUGAUGAUUCCAAGGCAGCACCCGACAAAAUGCACAUGUCGUAUUGCGUUGCACAGUCUCAUUAACCUCAGAAUGGACAUCAUGACAGACGAACUCCGAUGUCCUGAAAAACAACGUAUAAAUGUGUUCAGCCGAAAUAAAACACUAGAGAGUAGCUACACCUGCCAAACAUUUAACAAGUCACCCUUGUAUAUUUACAAUGGAAGUGACAUUGUUUUUGAAUUCAUCAACAAAUAUUAUGCGGCUGGGGGAAAAUUUUGGAUUCAGUUUUCAGCUGAUAAACAUAUCACUGUCGCCUGUGGCAGCAGUAGCUCGACACCUAUAGCCAUGUCCAAGCUGGCAAAUGUUCUCCGAGUCCCAAUGACAGAUGACACCCAAUCUAUGACAACAAUCUCACCUAAAACCGAAAGUCGAGAUCAGGAGCCUCAAGUGAUCCCAGAGUUCCACAUUUACCAUGGUGAUCCUAAGCGUCAAGCACCCCAAUUUGGCCUUGUGUUCAAUAUAUUGAUAGUGUCGACCGUGUUGCUGGCGUUCACCAUAACACUGUACAUCUGCUGGCAACACCACACAAGGAAAAAUAAAGGUCCAUCGCACAGCCGACAAGAGCUGCCCACCAAAGUGAUCUGACUUAUAGUUCACCAUCCUUUGCAUUGAAAUCAAUGUUACUUAUAUGAAGUAGCACUUAGUAUUGCCCAACACAGGAACUGAAGAAGAGCUAAAAUAAACAAAAAAAUGUCAGCACAUAGCAAAGGUUUUCUUGGCCCCGAAAUCACUGACUUCGGAAAGUUUGCAAAAAUCUGGGUUGGCGUUCUCUGCGGCCUGGAUUGUAGGCUUAACUAGGGACUCAACUAUCUCAAUUUAACGAUGUCCUAGCGAGUACUAAUUGUUUUUAGAUGCUGACUUUAAAAUCGAGUAUCAAAAAGGAGUAAGCGCGGGAAGGGAAGGGUGACACAUUCGGACUUUAGAUCUACCUCUGUCCAUGAUUACAUGUAUAUAUCAAAACAGAGCACGAGGAAACUUGCAAUUUUAAUCAACACAUCUGAGGAACGCAUCACCACUGACAUCUCACUUUAUAAAAACUUCUGUUGGUGAAACUCUUCUUGUAUACUACCAAUACGUCAAAAUAUUUAUUAAUAUGUAGAUUCAUGAGGUUUUUAAUGUUACUACAAUACAUUUACACUUAUUAUCGCUGUUAAACACCAACUUGUUUUUGCGGAUUAUGCAAAUAACCAUGAUUUGUUAAGAUAAAAAUCGCAAAAAAAGUAUAAAAAGAUAAUAAUGUAAUCUACCAAAUUAUCAUUGUAAAUAUUUUAUAUUUUUCCAAGGGGAGGGAUUGGUACCCCCUUCUUUCCCCACAGUGGCAAAAACCCUGAUUUCAGAUGGGUAAUUAUCAACUUCGUGAUACUCUCAUAAUGUAUGUUCUUGUAAAUUGUAUUGUAAUACUCAGAUACAUUUAUGUCCUUGUAAAAUAAAUGAUAAUUCAAUGUAAAUUAUGUAAAUAGAAUGUAAAUAAUAAGCAAAUUAUCCCCAUUUCGAUAAUCUUGUUUUGACCCAUUAAGUGACGUUAAUACAUUGAAGUCUAAGCCUGACUAAUCUCUCCGGGCCUGGUUCAGUGCAAGUUAAACCAUAACACGCGGCUACAAUGCCUAUACAGUACUUAGCCUUAUUAAGGGCCUGUUGCCUAUUUUAGCAUUGUUGUUUAAAACUUUUCUUGCCUGGACUAAAUUUCGAUCUGUGUUGUAAACUGGUUUAGGUUGCAAGAAGCUUACACUUUGUAGACAUGGAAGUUUGUUCAUAUGCUUUGACUCUAUACUUAUUUAGAAACUACAUGGUUCCCAGUUUGGCACCGUCAUUCAAUGCUUGUUUAGUUCCUAUAAAUGAACUUGUAUCCCCCACAAUUGUUUUAGUUUUAUUUUGGCCACCCACAUCUUUGUUGCGAAUUCAUCAGCAUGUUAAUUCGAUGGAUCUUCUCGUCACUUCUGCUAGGCGUUAUUGGGCUGCUGAACUAUGCUUCAGCCAACCAGGAAAGGCAUAGUCUACGCUCUACUAGUAAGUAUUUUAGAAUCCUUUCAACAAAAAGGUCAAUGAUUAGGCCAAUGAUUUUCAUGCAAGUUGUAGGCCUGGUCAUUGGCCACUUAGGGAAGCAGGCUUUCAACGUAUAUCUUAUAUCACAUGUAGCACAUUAUCAAUCUUAUUCAUUUUUACUUUGCAAAUUUUAACAUAAAUGUUCACAUUGUAUUAUUUUUACGCCCGACCAUCAAAUGGCCAACAACACUUUAAAUGUGAUAGAUGUCAACUUGGCUAACUUUGUUUGUCUUAAUAAUCACCAAGUUCAUUGACGGACAGGUAGCAGAGAUGCUAUCUUGAUUUAUUUUAGAUUCUAGAUUUUAGUUCAACUUUAAAAGAAAGCUGUAAUGGUUGAAUUCUUAAACCGGUGUCGAGUUCGAACUCACUAAGAACACUUUAAUGAGACAGAUCACAGUGAAAAGGAAUUCAAAUAACAUAUGGUUUGUGUAGUCAAGUUCAUUUUGGAUUUCUUUUCUUUGGCCUCUGGUAGUUCUAUGAAUGCAUGUCAUCUUUAAAUAGAACACUCCUGUGUUGUUUUGGAAAGGAAUAAUUAAAUUGAAUAAACAUAGACAUUUCGCCUUCAAUAAUGUUUAAACCCUGGUUUCGUUAAAAACAGAACAAUAAUCGACUUUCCACCCAUCACAAUAGUCGUACUUCCACCUAUCAAAUCCCCGUGUCUUUUGCGCUUUCACCUAUGAAUUGCCGUGUCUAAAUAGCCCCAUGUGUCAAAUCCCCGUGUCUUUUAGCCCCAUCGAGCUCGAUGGGGCUAAUCGGGGGCUAAUUU